AUGCCGGCCUCUUCUGCCUCCCCUUCACCUCCUCUCUCCGAGGCAUCCGCGGGCGGAGCCGGCAGCGAGGGGACUUGCUACUGCUCGUUGUUGAAUUUUCUGCUCAUUGUCGGGAAGUUGAAGAAACUGAAAAGGACAGGAUGGAAGCUCUGCGAAGUGCGCGAACCGGAGAGCGUUGCCGAGCACUCGUUUCGAGCGGGAAUUUGCGCCUUCCUGCUUGGGACCGAUCCGCAGUCUGCCAAGUUGAUUCGCGAAAACAAGUUAGACAGAAACAAAUGCAUCAAGAUGGCCCUCGUCCACGACCUCGCCGAGGCUCUCGCCGGCGACAUUACACCGCACUGUGGUGUGUCGGCUGAAGCGAAGAGACAGCGCGAACGCGAGGCGCUGCAGAAAAUCGUACAGCCUCUCCCUGCCUCUGCAGAUUCUCCUUUUCUUUCUUGUGACCGGUGUAGAAGAACAGCCACAAACGAGCAGACUUCCGGCGGGGAAGUGACUCCACCGGUGCUGCCUGUAGGCGAGGAAAUCCUGUCCCUCUGGGAGGAGUAUGAAGAAGGAACUACGGAGGAAGCAAAGUACGUGUUUGACAUUGACAAGUUCGAGAUGAUCCUUCAGGCUUUCGAGUACGAGUCGGAUCCUUCUCAGGCCGGGCCUUCCUGCGGGCCGUUUUACCACAAGGCGCAGGAGGAAGCGGAAGAGAAACAGCAGCCGAGCAAUAAGGAUGCGCACGAGACACCGGCUGUCGCCGACGAGCACGGCCCCCGGAAAAGACGGCGGGUGUAUCUGCCCACGUUUUACCGGUCAACAGAGAACGUGUUUCGCAGUGACCUGUUCAGAGGCCUAGACUUCGUUCUCAGGAACCGACGAGAAACGCUGCCACAGGUGCGGAGGGCCGCAGUGAUGGACGCUCGGGACAAGCAAGAUGCGGAAAAGUGA